AUGCAUCGGCGUGUUAUAGCUAAAGACUACGGAAAACCUAUCUACGAGGCAAGCUCUCGUCUAGCCCUAUUGACAGCGCUGGAAGGCUGCGUUGAAGGGCACCAGUCCCUGCGGAAAGCCGGCUUCCUGCAUAGGGAUAUCUCCAUUAACAAUAUAAUGAUAAACGAAGACGCCAGCAACCUAUUUUGGCCUUCGUUCUUAAUUGACCUUGAUCUAGCAGUCCGAGAGCAGCGUGAAAUGUCUUCCGGAGCCAAGGUGAAAACCGGCACUCUGGCCUUUAUGGCGAUCGGGGCACUUUUGGGGGAACAGCAUUCGUAUAUGCACGAUCUUGAGUCAUUCUUCUGGGUCUUGUUUUGGAUGUGUAUCCAUUAUAGCGGCCCAGGACAGAGUAGGACAGUUGCGAGAUUUGACAGUUGGAAUUAUAUGAACACGGUCGAGCUGACCAGUUUCAAGAAGGGAAUUAUUGACGACGAGGAUGACUUUUAA